AUGGCAACCCCAUCUUCACCAUCUUCUGCAAUCACUGCCCCGCCGGACUAUCAUGAAACCGCUGUGACGUUCGCCAAACUUGCCACGGAGGCUAUGACCUGCCACUUUGCCCUCUUGCAUUAUGACAGCACGUCGAAAUCAAUGAUUGAAUGGUGCUGGCCUGACGAUGACAAGGGACAGAAAGUUCCGCUAUCGGACUUUGAGAAGUACCGCGAUGAACAGGCAGCAGUGUACCCCUGGAGGGAUAAGGAUACCAAUAAGACUCAAUGGAAUGCUAGAUGCGCACGCGAUAUAUGUGGGUAUCGAGUGAAAAUUGACAAAUACUAUGACCGGUCGUCACUAGUUACUUUCAAUUAUCCUCUUCGAGAUUGUCCAGAAGAGCACGAUAAACCGUGCUCUAUCCAACUGGAAUGGGCCUGGAGGGAGCAAAAAGAAUUGAUGGCGAAACUCGACUCCUCCAUUGGCGAUGGCAUUACGAGGGAAGAGUUCCGCAUUCUGUUUAGACGCUGCAAGCGAUGCAAGCGAGUUGGAAUAAGGCAGACGAUGAACCGCCAUAUCCUGGCCUGUUCAGAAGGGGUGCAAAAGCGACAUCCCAAGCGGGAGUCGUUAUCGAUGAAGCGUUAUCGGCUACCAAUGUUUAAACGUUUAGACUGUGUCAAAGACAUCACUACUCUCCUGAGCAUCCGACAUUCUCAAACACCACUAAUUCAGCGCUACGCCCGCUUCAAAGAUGGGCAAAGGGAGGUGUGGGGGAUGGAUACCGCUCAGUUGGAGGGAUGGCCAUAUUGGAGGGAGAUAAAACACGGUGCUUCGUCCAUUCCGCAACAAGUGACAGGCACUCACUACAUUUCCAGCCGGCAGUUUCAUGCAUGGUAUGAUACAAUUUCUGUCCCAGCUGAGUGUAUUCUUACAAUUGCAGAGUUAUGUGACGACUUGAGACACAGUCCGAAGGGGAGAGGGAAAGAUACGAUAUGGCUUGCACUAUCGUCGAGCUUCGGAGACAGCAGGGCAUCGAUGCAGAGGAAGAGAAAGACUGGGAAAUCUUGUUCCGUGAAGGCAUCUACUAUGCAUAUCUCUCCUACCACUGGUCGAACAUCUGUUCCCCUUUCUGUUUUACAGGAAGCCCAUUGGGACCAAUCAUCACUGCGAUGUCAAAUCACAGCUAGACACAAUACGAACACUUCUUCCUCAUCCCCAUCCUCAAGCCCUCCACCUUUGCGAGAGAAGGAACUUGGGUUAUCCAUCACGACUGCAGAGAUUCUUGCUCGAUUGCCAGCUCUGAACUCUCCACCCUCGGCAGAUGAGGCUUUUUUUUACAGAGGGCAGCUUCACAUGAUGGACCGUACUUCCUACAUAGCGGGUCUUUCGUCAGAGUUGUUCGUCGUCGUCUUGGUCGUUCGCGCCAUUCGAAUAUUAUUUGUCCUAUGCCAUUCUAGCAUAGUGACAGGACUGAACGCGGUUCGUGCACGACCAGAUUGUCAGGCGAACCUUUUGAACACCGGAUUCCCAAAUAAGACCGACAACCAACUCUUCGAAGAUUGA